AUGUCUCUCGUUCAUCUUGCCAACGUAUGCUCCCAUCUUCAAAAUGCCUCUAUGGCCCGGCUCGGUCUCACCAGUGUGCCUUCAACGAAUCAAAUACUCUCAAUUACCCUCGCUCUCCAAACAGCGGGAUUUCUCAGCUCCGUGACGCGUGGUGGUCUUAUACCACCCCCAAUUGAUAAUCUCUCCUCCUAUGUGCCGGAGCCCGUAACACAGGAAAAUAUCAGCACACGACGCCUCUGGCUCGGCCUUAAGUACUGGAACAACGAGCCUGUCUUGCGCUCGAUGCAAAUGAUCAGCAAGCCGAAAAAAAGGGUAUGGCUCGGCGUCGAGGGUCUAAGCAAAAUCGCCAAGGGGAAUCGCUAUGGUCAAGUAGCCGGCCUGACGAAGGUCGGCGAGUGUCUUUUUGUCACGACUGAUCACGGAAUCAUGGAAGUGAGAGAGUGUAUAGAGCGGCGAAUCGGCGGUAUGGCUCUCUGUCGGGUAGUAUAG